ACGCACCACUCGUUUGAAUCAAGUUCCAACCAAAGCAAAAAGCCAAAAAUACCUGCACACCUCCCUUUCCCACCAACAAAUGCACACUCCUCCAUUCCUCUUCCUCUACGACCACCACCUGGUUCACCAUAUUCCAUGGCUAAGAUUCCCACUGCCGAAUAAUUCUGUUCCAUAUUCUCUCUUCUCUGUUUUUCCCACUAAAACAUGAUUACUUCUUAUUGCCUUUCUUCCCCAAGAAACACCGCUCCCGCAGAAGCAUUUUUUGUCCGGAACUCUCACUUGCAUUUCCACAAACACCGCUCUUUCAAUGGAGAUAAUGUGCUCUUCAAGCCAAACCCAUCACCACCCAAGUCUUUUCUUCCUGCCUUGAGAGGCAAUAACUCUAGAUUAACUCACACUUUCGCCAGUAUAUCGUCUUUUGCUGAAGCGGAUGGGGAAAAUCAGGAAAAGAAAGAGACUAAGAUCGAAAAGUCUCACAAACCUGGAAUGGCUCAAGCCUUCAAUAUAUCUUCCAGAACGGCCUCUGCGAUCUCAAUUUGCAUAGCAUUGGCGGCUCUCAGUUUUCCUUUAUUGAUGAAGUCUUUGGGGCAGGGCUUGGCGUUGAAGACCAAAAUCUUGUCUUACGUGACGCUAUUAUUUGGGUUUUACAUGGCUUGGAAUAUUGGGGCUAAUGAUGUGGCCAAUGCCAUGGGAACUUCUGUUGGGUCUGGAGCUUUGACGCUCCGGCAGGCUGUGUUGACUGCGGCGAUUCUGGAAUUCUCUGGGGCGCUUUUGAUGGGCACCCACGUGACCAGCACAAUGCAAAAGGGAAUUCUUGUGGCUAAUGUGUUUCAAGGGAGGGAUACUCUGCUUUUUGCUGGUUUGUUGUCUUCUUUGGCUGCUGCUGGCACUUGGUUGCAGGUUGCAUCAUAUUUUGGUUGGCCUGUCUCCACAACUCACUGUAUAGUAGGAUCUAUGGUUGGAUUUGGUCUCGUCUACGGAGGAGCUGGUGCCGUCUUUUGGGGUUCACUAGCAAGGGUGACUUCAUCAUGGGUGAUCUCUCCGGUAAUGGGAGCGUUGAUGUCGUUUCUAGUUUACAAAUGCAUACGUAGGUUUGUAUACAGUGCUCCAAAUCCAGGACAAGCUGCCGCUGCAGCUGCACCAAUUGCUGUCUUUGUGGGUGUAACUGGAAUCUCUUUUGCUGCUUUUCCUCUAAGCAAGACCUUUCCCUUGGCUCUAACCCAGGCUUUGGCCUGUGGUGCUGUUGGUGCCUUCUUAGUUGACAGAAUUAUAAGAAAACAGCUUGGUCAUCUCCUUGUCAAAUCCACUUCUAUGCAACCAGAGAAGAAUGAGAACGUCGUUCAAAAUAAAAAUAUCGGGUUUCUAUCCGACAUAGAAGGCCCUAAAGGUACCCAAUUGGAGAUAGUUUAUGGGGUCUUUGGCUAUUUGCAGAUCCUCUCAGCCUGUUUCAUGUCAUUCGCCCAUGGCGGAAAUGAUGUCUCAAAUGCUAUAGGUCCGUUAGCCGCUGCAUUGUCUAUUCUCCAUGGCGGUGCCGCUACUGGAGCUGCAAUCAUUAUCCCCACCGAUGUUCUUGCAUGGGGAGGAUUUGGAAUAGUAGCAGGGCUUACAAUGUGGGGUUAUAGAGUGAUAGCGACGAUCGGGAAGAAGAUAACAGAGCUCACACCAACUAGAGGAUUUGCAGCGGAAUUCGCUGCAGCUUCUGUUGUUCUGUUUGCAUCAAAGCUGGGACUCCCCAUAUCAGCUACCCAUACAUUGGUGGGUGCAGUGAUGGGAGUAGGGUUUGCAAGGGGAUUAAACAGUGUCAGAGCAGAAACCGUGAAAGAGAUUGUGGCUUCUUGGGUUGUGACAAUCCCAGUAGGAGCCACAUUUGCAGUUCUCUACACAUGGAUCUUGACCAAGCUUUUGUCUAAUAUUUUGUGAGUCUACAAUCUAAAUGAUUAGGUUAUGUAAUUAUGCAUGUCGAUAUCACUCUUAAACAUUUCUCCCUAAUAAGUGUGUGGAAUGUUUAUCUUUUUGAAGUGGAAGUAUAUAUAAGCACUGGAAGAAACGAUUGGUUUCUAUUCUUCAGUGUUGAAGAGGCCUUGUUCUUUCCAAAAUUUCGGACCAUGCAAUAUAUUCACUUGGAAUGCUGUUGAACAUUC